GUGGUGGGUUUGGUUCACAGGAAUUGUGUGUACAGUGUAUUGGCUACAAUACAAUAAGCACCUAAACACUUUAUUGCAGUGUGGAAGUCUUUAUUUAGUCCGCGAUAAACAGAUUUGUUUAGCAGUGAAUCAGUGCAGACACGGCGGUGCCUGAAGUCUUUACUGAACUGAAUCUAAGUUGGUGGCUAACUAUCCAAACAGUAGGCUGAAUUUGAGAUUUUAAGUUGUCAAACCUCUUACCAGCUGGCCAGCCCUGGCGCCAGCGCUUGAGAGUCACCUCUCCAGGUGAAGCAAAUCUGCCCUGAUAAAUGGCACAUAUUUCAGUGGACUUCUGAUCCAAUGAACUCAAGGGAAAUCUUUUCAGCAAGAGGACUACACCAACAAUGAAAGGUGGACCUCGGAAAAGAAGAAAACGAGCACCUAAGAAGACUGUAGCAAAGACAGUCACCUCUGACGCUGCUUCAUCUCAAGUCACAGAGGAAUCAAAUGGCAGGGAUUUUGCCACUGUCAGCCAGUCCUCACCAUGUUCCUUACCAAGUACUCCAAAGAGGGGCAGGAGGCAAACAAGACAAACAGAAGAAGUCCGGCACUCCACACCAGUACGCAGCUCCUCCACUGACAACCACUCCAGUAUCUCAGAGCCCCCUUUUGGAGCAAAACAAGCAGAGCUAGAAUACACUGAAGUCAUCACUCAGUUAAAGACAUCAGAGGUAGAUUCACCAUCCUGCAAAUCAAAAUAUCAGCGCAAAUGCAAGAAUUGUCAUGCUUCCCCGCCAAGACAACUCAGAAAAAGGGUGGUGAAGGAGCAAACGCAGACCUGCAGUAAAACCAAUGGUCCACAAACAAAGCGCAGGCGUGGCAGGAGACAGCAAAUUGGAAAUUUACGGACGGAUACCUCUUCUCAGUCAUCUGAACGCUCUCGACCAAGAUUUGAACUGAAGAAACCUGAUGCAGAGCAAGACGAGUCUUUGCUGUCUUCAGAUUUAUCAAUCGAGCUGAGUCACCAUGAGGAACAGCUGCCAUCUUUGUCUUUCCAGGAAGAUGAGGAAAGUGAGGAGGAGGAAGAGGAGGAGCUACCAAGUUUCUCGAUGCAGAUGGACAAAAAGCCACCGGCCAUUACAGAGGGAGCGUUUGUGUGGUACAAAUUUAGAAAUUAUCCAUUCUGGCCUGCAUUGGUAAAAAGUGUGAACCGUAGGCAGAAAAAAGCCAGCAUCAUUUUCAUUGAUGACCCGAUGAUUCAUACAAAGAAAGGGUUUUCUGUGGCUCUGAAAGCCCUGAAGCCUUUUGACUGUGAAGAAGCUAAUGAACUGGUGUGUAAAGCCAAAGAAAAGUAUGAUGCUGCAAUUGAGUGGUCCUUGGACCUCAUAACAGACUACAGAAUACGGAUUGCUUGUGGCUCAUUUUCUGGCUCCUUCAUUGAGUACUUUGCUCACGGCAUGAGCUAUCCAGUGAGGAGGAAGUACCCGCAGGCAGCCUCAGAGAGACUAACCAUCACCAGUGAUACAAUGAUGGAGGAGCCCUGUGACGAUCAUAAAGAGGACAGUUUUAGUGAACAGCAGGUGGAGGUCAGCAGGGGUUCAAAGAGGCUGCUGCCAGACCGGACUCAUGCCGCCCACAACCGUGCUAAUGAAAAGCUUGUGCAUUUCAUCGUCAAGCAGCGCAUGGUGGAGGGACACCUUCUGGCUGUGAUCCGUGGGCAGCAGCAGUCCAGAUGGCUUCGCUCCUUUCUGAGCGCCAACCGGAGACGGGUGGUGAACACAUACCUGGAAGAUGACCAGCAGUUGGACCAGGUCUACUGCUACCUAAGCAAGCUCUAUGCGACAGCCAUUGCCAUCGCUCCUUGUCUGGCUCAGGUGGAACAGGUCCCCUUUGUCCUUGAUGUGCUUCUUCCUGAGGCCAUCAUCUAUGCCAUAGCUGGGGUGGACAAUGUCUCAGUAAAAAAAGCAGAGGAAAAGUACCUAAAAGGACGACGUUUAAGUAACAGAGAGAGACAGGAGUUUGACUUCCUGAUUGAGCAGGAGAUAAGGAAAAAAUCGCAGCAUCCGAACACUGCAAUUACAUUGUUCUCUGACCCCAUUGGUUUAGAAGACUGAGUAUUGAAAAGGGGAUUGUAUUUUGUCAAAUAUUUUGUUCAUAGGUAUGCAUUUCUAUGUGCCUUGCAAAUCAUGAUAAAUCACAGCACACCGACUCUGCUUUCCUUUGCGUUUUGUAACGGUGUACUUGUAAGUAAAAAUGUGUUCAAAAUGUGAACCAAAGGUGAACAGUAAUAAUGAUUUAUCUGUUCUAAUCACCUAGCUUUAUUUCCUGUUUGCUGAUACAUUGUCAAAUUCCUCAUAGAGCUCUUUUUUUCUUUUUUUUUUUACAUUAACUGUUGUUUGUGUAUACUUUUGUGCUUGUUUUAUUAAAAAAGAAAAUCAAUAAUAAUAAAGCCGGUCCAAUAGUACACACAAUGAAGGAUGGACAGCUGCCAAAUAAAAAAUAGAUCUCUCAAUACAAGUCAUCAUCACAACAUAAUACCCCAGGUGAUCCAUGAAUCCAGCAGCACAGCCACUAGAGGGUCUCAGGACAAAAAUGAACCAUUGUGUCCCCCUUUGAUGUAUUGAAAGAAGUGCUGUCAACCUGUACAUAUAUUUAGUAAUCACUCAGUACCUUUUCCGAUGAGGAAAUCAGUCUAUAAAAUGUAUGUAUUUGUACUUUGUUAAGCAGUGUAUUGGAUUUGUCCCAUGAGAUGUGUGAUGCAAUUGUAUGACAAUUGUGAGGUCAUGGUUGCACCUGAUUUCUGAAAAGGCCUAGUGUUAUUAAAAAGGAACUGGUUAUUUUUCAUGAAAGACAUUCUUCUUAC